AUGUCGAAGAACUAUCAAGAAAUCCAGAAUGAUCUAAAUAAAUUACUUAAAGCCUCAUCCGUGAAUAUUAAAACUCUACCUCAACUAUUUAAGCAAUCAUCUAAAAACCAAAAAAAGAUAACGAUCUUAUGGAGAAGAUUAGCAUGUGCCAAAAGAUUAAAGAGACAAAUUGAAUCUCUUGUUUAUUCCUUUUAUUUGGAGAAAAUAUUAGAAACUGUGACUAAACGAGAAAGGAUCAUGUGCAAUAAACUAUUAACUAGAUACUUUAUUUCAGUAUCUAUAAGAACAUAUUAUUUUUUUGAAAAGCUUAGUGUUAAACAAAUUUAUAGGACUUCCACCAUGAACUUAACAAUGAUCUCCAAAUUAGGGUUCAGAGAGUUUCAAAAUCUGACCAUUACGGAUAAUGAUGAUUAUGAACUGGUUCAACCUAAUUUGGUACAGUUCAAAGGUAUAAGUCAGCCUAAAUUCCUAAUUGACCAAGUGAUAGAAGACAAAUUGGAUAAUGUUAAUUUACCUUAA